GGCAGGCAGUGAGCAGCUACCGCCAUGGGGCCUGAAAUCCUGCAUCCCUGUCUCCUGCUGCUGUGGGUCUGGGUCUGUGCCCUCCCAGCUGGCUCUGUCCUGCCCCCUGAACUCAGCAAGGCUGAAGUGACUCGAAUGUUCAAGGAUUUUAUGAUUCAGUUCAACAGAACCUACAGGAGCCCCGCAGAGCAGCGCAGACGCUUCGGGAUCUUCAUGCAGAGCCUGCUCGCGGCGCGGCGGCUGCAGGAGACAGAGCUGGGCACAGGGCAGUACGGGGUGACCCGCUUCAGCGAUUGGACAGAUGAGGAGUUCCGGGGGAUGUUCCAGAGCUCCCCGCCCCCCACCAUGCACCAGGCCCCCCGGCUCCCGAGGAAGAAGCUGCCCCCGUCCUGCGAUUGGAGGAAGGCGGGGGCCGUGACCGCCGUGAAGGACCAGGGCGAGAAAUGCAGCUCCUGCUGGGCCUUCGCUGCCGUCGCCAACAUCGAGUCCCUCUGGAACAUCCACUUCCACCAGCCCCGGAACCUCUCGGUGCAAGAGGUGUUGGACUGCAGCUGGUGCGGAGCGGGGUGUGGAGGGGGCUACGUGUGGGACGCUUUCACUACGGUGCUACAAAGGCGUGGUCUGACCAGCGAGGAUGCCUACCCCUACACAGGGAGAAAGGAGACAUGCCGCAACCUCAAUGAGCCGGCAGCCUAUAUCCAGGGCUUCCAGACACUACGUGAAGAUGAGACUGAAAUAGCUGCACACGUCGCAACCAAGGGCCCAAUCACAGUUACCCUGAACUCAGCUGUCAUGAAGCAUUAUAAAAAGGGCAUCUCCCAGCCCCUGGUGAAGAGCUGCAGUCCAGAGCAUGUGGAUCACGUUGUCCUGCUGGUUGGCUACGGGCAUGUGAAGAAAAGGCGCUACUGGGUCAUCCAGAACUCCUGGGGGGAAAGCUGGGGAGAGAAGGGCUAUUACCGUCUGUAUCGCGGCAGGAACGCCUGCGGCAUCACCACUUUCCCUGUAACAGCCACUGUCACCCGGGUUGGGGCCCCGGGACAUGAAGUCCACUGCCCCACCUGAAGGGGGUGCUGCUGCUGCAGAG